GCUGUAGUUACAAUGUUCAACUUCCAGCAAUACCGUCACAUUCAAACUCCAGGAUGGUCACUAGGAUGGACAUGGGCAAAGAAGGAGGUGAUAUGGAGCAUGGUGGGAGGCCAAACCACAGAGCAAGGAGAUUGUUCGAAAUUCAAAGGGAACAUUCCACAUUGCUGUAAGAAGGAUCCAACAGUUGUGGACUUGUUGCCAGGAACUCCUUACAACCAGCAGAUUGCAAAUUGCUGCAAGGGGGGAGUAAUUAACUCAUGGGUGCAAGAUCCAUCCAAUGCUGCGAGCUCAUUCCAGAUUAGUGUUGGUGGAGCUGGAACUACUAACAAAACAGUGAGAGUGCCCAAGAACUUCACCUUGAAAGCACCAGGGCCAGGUUAUACUUGUGGUCCGGCAAAAGUUGGCAAACCCACCAAAUUUGUUACCCAAGAUGGAAGGAGAGUCACACAAGCUAUGAUGACUUGGAAUGUUACGUGCACGUAUUCGCAAUUUCUGGCUCAGAAAACUCCUACUUGCUGUGUUUCACUCUCAUCCUUCUACAACAACACAAUUGUACCCUGCCCGACAUGCACCUGUGGCUGUCAAAAUAACAAUACUCAGCCAGGGAGCUGUGUAGACCCGAACUCGCCAUAUUUAGCAUCAGUUGUUUCAGGAGCAAACAAGAAUAGCUAUGCACCCCUGGUCCAAUGUACGAACCAUAUGUGCCCUGUCCGAGUUCACUGGCAUGUUAAGCUUAAUUACAAGGACUACUGGCGAGUGAAGGUUACAAUUACAAACUUCAAUUACAGGAUGAACUAUACACAGUGGAACUUAGUUGUCCAACACCCCAACUUUGACAAUCUGACUCAGCUUUUCAGCUUUAACUACAAGCCGUUAACUCCGUAUGAAGCUAUAAAUGAUACUGCCAUGCUAUGGGGAGUGAAGUUCUAUAAUGACUUGCUCAUGCAAGCUGGUCCUCUAGGUAAUGUACAGUCGGAACUACUCUUCCGGAAGGAUACAUCAACUUUCACUUUUGAGAAGGGUUGGGCUUUUCCUCGAAGGAUCUAUUUCAAUGGCGAUAAUUGUGUCAUGCCACCUCCUGAUGCCUACCCAUAUUUGCCAAAUACAAGUCCCCGUCAAGAUAUCUCUUUGCUUACUCUAAUGUUGGCUCUGUUGAUGUCUUUGGUGUUCUACACAUAUGCCUAAGAUUCUUCUUACUGGUAUGACUACAAAUUCAUCACAAAAAUCUCUCAACCCCAGAACCUAAAGCAAGCUGAUGGAAGAGAUGUGUUUGGCAAUGAUGUCCCACGAGUGGUGUUGAUUCAGGUGUGCAUCAGUUCGAACAAAACUCGUUUUUAUGGUGGUGAAUUUACUACCAUUUUGCUACUUUGUAAUUUUAUAUUGGUUGUUUACUACUGCACUUCAUGAUAUUGUUUGUAGAAUUUCAACAUUAUUAGUAAUUGUAAUGAAAAUUAAAAGCAUUGAGAGAGAAACUUGUUUCAA